AACUUAUUAAAUAGUUAUAGCAUGUGACACAGCGAAAUUGAAGGGUUAACGUAAUGGCUUUGGCGCCCCAGCAUAUAAUGAGACGUACUGUUAAUCAUGUGUCGCCUGAUUCGUCGGUGUCUGCCUCACCCGAUGAUCUUGAAUGGCUCGGACCUGUCUGGGUUCUUGGAAAAUUUCACAAUGGAAGUACUCAAGACGGGAGACGCUACCUCAAAAAAGACAUCCAAAGCCGUCUUUUAAUGACAUACAGGAAGGGGUUCUCUACCAUUGGAGGGACUGAGUUUUCGUCUGAUAAAGGAUGGGGCUGCAUGCUAAGAUGUGGACAGAUGAUGCUGGCUCAGGCUCUGCUUUGCUUGUGGGUAGGUCGAGACUGGCAAUGGCAGGCGUCUAAUGAUUCGGAGCAGGAUAGAAUUUACCAGAAGAUUUUAGAGCAGUUUCUUGAUUACAAAAACAGUCUCUACUCAGUUCAUCAAAUUGCACAGAUGGGUGUGUCGGAGGGCAAGUCAGUUGGGGAGUGGUUCGGACCUAACACAGUGGCCCAGGUGCUGAAGAAACUGUCCACUUUUGACGAGUUCACUCCCUACUGCGUACAUGUGGCAAUGGACAAUACUGUAGUCGUUGAUGAUGUCUACGCAUUGUGUAAAGCUUUACCCUUUCGAUUUGCACAAAACAAGAAAGGAGCGACAGACGUGGACAGUGGGACCCCAAGUGCAGAAUUAAACAUCACAGAUGCUCAUCAAUCCUCAUUCCCCCCUACCUCAACUGGAUCGAAAUCGAACAUGGCCCCCGAAGGGGCUUCUUCAAGCGGCUGCAGUAGUCAUUCGAAUAAGGACAGAGAGACUCAUUGUCUUAAUUCGUGGAGACCGAUUCUACUCAUAGUUCCUCUCAGAUUAGGACUGACUGAUAUCAAUAACUCUUACAUUGAGCCCAUAAAGGAGUGUUUCCACAUGGAGGAGACGAUGGGAAUCAUCGGUGGUCGACCGAAUAGUGCCUACUACUUCAUUGGAUAUCAAGGCUCUUUCUUAUUGUACUUGGACCCCCAUGACACUAAACCGACAGUGUCAACAGUGACAGAUGACUCCUCCUACCACUGCGACAGUGCAAAGCGGAUGCCCUUUACUGCCCUGGAUCCAUCUCUAGCCAUUGGCUUCCUACUCCAGAGCCAGGCGCAGUUCGACUUCUGGUGCAGUAGACUGAGGGACAGUGUGAUUACGGACAAGAAGCAGCCGCUGUUUGAGAUUGUGCAAAAGAGGCCGGCUCAUUGGCCUCCCCUCGAGGUUUAUCCUUCUCUAUCGCCUGCCCAAGACACAAUAGAAGACAUGGCUGCUACAUUCUUGGAAAUCAGCGCGCGUGAGAUGGAUGACGAUUUUGUGGUCAUUUAAGGAGAACACGUCCAUUGGCCAUCAACUGCUGAAGGGAAAUGAGUUUCGAAGACGAGCUGAUCCCGUGCUACAGCGCUUUUCCAAACGUGCCAAUUAAUUACUACUAAGAAGAAUACUUCAACUUUGAUUGACUAGAAAGAAGCUUCAAUCGGUCUAAUUAAGUGCGAGAGGGUAUAGGUUUCAGAGUACAACACCUCUAUGGCUCCUUCAUUCCCUGUAAUUAUAGCUUGUAGAGCAACAGGAACUGGAUAUAUUUUGAGUUCGAGUAGAUUACUCAUUGGUGCUAUAUUUGCUUAGUUAGGUCAUACAAGUUUCAAAGUGAGCUGAACUAAUGUAAAGACGUGAACUGAACUAAAAUGGAGCAUAAGUUACAGUCAAAAAGUGUACGUUUUCAAACUGCCGAUCACAGUGGAUUUUAACUUCUUUAGAAAUUAAAGGUUUUAUCAGUUGUUAAAUGAAUAUUCAAUCAGAUUCAAAUCUUUUUGGUUUAGUUCUGUUAGGCCAACCCAGUUGUUGGCAAUGUUUGGUUCUUCUAAAAUUAGUUAUUAGUUCUGGAGAUAUUAAUGAAAUGACUACCCUUGUCUGUUAUUGAUGUCCUUGAAAAAAAAAUAAUUUAAUUGUAAUUUUCUCAA